UUCUAUUAUUGUAUUAUUUUAUUUUGGAAUUUUUUUGUAUAUCACAAAAUCUUCUGUUCACUGCCAUUCACGGCUUAGUCCCUCCCCUUCCGCUUCAUAGCAGCUAUGACGACUGUUGAGGAGUGUGAGCUUCGCCGCCAUUUUAGUAGGCAGCACCCCCGUACAGUUCACUUCGAAGAUGUCCUCGGCACAUUGUUCAGCUAUAAAUUGUACUAAUCGACAGUCCAAAAGACCAGAUUUGUCAUUUUUCAAAUUUCCCAGAAACAAAGACAGAUGUCAGCAAUGGGUUGAAAGCACCAGAAGAACAGACCUGCUGAGUCGGACCACUUUCUACAUCUCCAGAAACUGCCGCUUGUGCGCAGAACACUUCACCGAGGACCAGUUCUCCAACCGACAAGUGAAGAACAGGCUGAACUGGAACGCCGUUCCGAACGUCUUUCGGUUUCCCGAUCCUCCCGAGUCCGACUCAACGCGCCGUGGUCCCAGGAAGAGGAAGCGGGCUGCUGUCGACUCCAGCACGCACGCAGCAGCAAAGCAGCAGAAGGUCACGGCAGGCAUGUUCCCCGUCCUGGAUGAACACACAUACAGUAAGCCGGACACGGACAGCCCCAGAAGUGACAGCCCCCGUGCUGGUUCCCCUACAUACAGCACCCCAUCACCGUCGUCGCCAUCGCCCGAACCCGUGGAGCAACUUUCGGCCGAGAAGCAGAGUGACCUUUUGCGGAAAGAACGGGAGAGAACGCGUCGCCUGAAACAAAAGCUGGCGUCGCUGAAAAAGUCUAUGGAAAAAGCAGCAGAAGAAUCCAGAUCUAUCCAGGGGAUCAUCAAAAAUGCAAAACAAUUCCUCCAAGAGCCAGCCUUGUCCUUUUUUGCUUUGCAACUGGAGAACGGGACAAAGCUGGGUAAGGGCUUUGCAGUGUGUAAGAGGUGUCUCGCCAGAAUGCAAGCUGUCAAAGAAAAGUGCGCCUCCUGAGAGAAAUGGUGAUUUUUCUAUUAAGAGACAAAUGUGCACCUGGACUUGGCCAACUACAAUCCAUGCGCAGAUACUGUGCCAGCUCACCCCCAUUCAUGCAUUAUACGUACAACAUCCCUUUCUAUUCUGCAACCUUCAAUAAAUCAACUCCAACCGCACGGUGCCUUCCUUACUGGCUCUUAC